AUGGCCUCCAGCAUCCCCAAAUUCUCCGACCUUCCACUAGAUAAGAAUGGACCUCAUCACAACGCUUGGGGACUCUACGGACCCAACGACCAACUCGGCACCCUAAACCGCCUCACAGACACCCUCGUCCGCACCUCCGCCUCUCGCGAAAUCCUCACAGGUGUCCGCAUCAAUCUCGACUGGCCCUUGGACGCGCAAUCGGACGUCCCACUGUUUAAUCGACAACCGUUUCGUCAAGACAUGUAUCAGAAACCUCCGAGGAUCGUGAAUGAUGAUGUUUGGACGUUUAAUACGCAGUCGUCGUCGCAGUGGGAUGGACUGAGACAUUUUGGGUAUCAGAGGGAAGAGGUGUUUUAUGGUGGGGUUACGUUGGGGGAGAUUCAUGGGGAGGGGGAGAAAGAAGAGAAGGAGGGGGAGGAGGGGAAGGGGAAAGUGAAGGUAGAGAAGAAUGGAAUUGGAGCAUGGGCGGAAAAAGGAAUAGUAGGAAGAGGGAUAUUAUUAGAUUAUCAUCGCUGGAGAAUACUACAAAAUGCCAAAAAACAAGAAGAGGGCAAGUCAGAAGAAGAAAUGAUCCCCCACAACGCCUUCUCAACAGCCAGUAUCCCCACCUCCACUCUCCUCCAAAUCGCCCAGGACCAAAACACCCAAAUCCACUUCGGCGACAUCCUCCUAAUCCGCACAGGUUACUUCCUCGCCUACCACGCCCUCACGCGCUCCGAAAUCCAAACCAUGCGCUCCAAACAACCGCCAACAUUCACAGGCGUCGAACAAUCCUCGUCGAUGAUGGAAUUUUUGUGGUCGAAUUUUAGUGCCUGUGCAGCCGAUCAUCCGAGUUGGGAGGCGUGGCCUACGCAAAAGGAGUAUUCGCUGCACGAGGUCAUGUUGGCGGGUUGGGGGAUGCCGAUUGGAGAGUUGUGGGAUUUGGAGGCGUUGGCGAGGCAUUGUGAGGAGGUGGGGAGAUGGAGCUUUUUUUUGGUGUCGAAGCCGAAUUAUGUUCCGGGGGGAGUGGCCAGUCCGCCGAAUGUUUUGGCGAUUUUUUGAUGAGGGUGGAUGGAGGUGAUUGGAAAG